CCUCUCUAUCUCUCUCUCUCAUUCUCCUUCUUGAGAAGAGACUCUCAAACACUCUCUCAAUCAAUCAAUGGAGUUUCAUCUCGAACACCCUCUCUCACAUUCUUCUUCAUCUUGUAUCCACAACAACUUCAACGACCAAGAAACAAAAGAUGAUGAUGAUGCUUUACCACCACACUCUCUCUUCCUCGUCGAGCAACAACACAUGCCUUCUCCUCAUUACUUCCAUACCCUUAAGUCCUCUUCUUCUCUUCUCUCUAAUCGAAACCACGCCAUUUCUUCAAUCUUUCAGUAUUCAAGAAAAUUCGACGACCAAUCUCUGACGUAUCUUGCUGUGAAUUAUCUAGACAGGUUCUUGUCCAGUGAAGAUAUGAUGCUGCAAUCAAAGCCUUGGAUUCUCAAGCUUAUCUCUCUUUCUUGUGUCUCUUUGUCUGCUAAAAUGAGAAAGCCAGAGAUAUCUGUCUGUGAUCUUCCUGUGGAGGGUGAGAUGUUUGAUGCUCAGAUGAUAGAGAGAAUGGAGAAUGUGAUUUUAGGAGCUCUUAAAUGGCGAAUGCGCUCUGUUACUCCUUUCUCCUUCCUCUCCUUCUUCCUUGGCUGUCUCUUUGAGCUCAAAGAAGGCCAUUCAGUACUAAAACAUUCACUCAAAUCUCAAGCUACUGAUCUCACUUUCAAUCUUCAACAUGAUAUCAAGUUCCUGGAGUUUAAACCAUCAGUGAUUGCAGCAGCUGCACUUCUCUUUGCUUCUUCUGAGCUCUGUCCUCAACAGUUUUCAAGUUUCAGUAACAGAAUCUGCCAAUGCACAUAUGUAAAUAAGGAUGAGUUAAUGGAGUGUUACAAAGCAAUGCAAGAGAGAGAUGUAGUUGAAGACAACGAAGGAAGCAAUGACACAGCAGUAAAUGUGCUUGACCAGCAAUUCUCUAGCUGUGAAGAAAGUGCAAUCACAGCUUCUUCACCUAAGAGGAGGAAAACUAUUACUACUAGUACUACUACUCGUCUAUCUUAAGCUGAGAAUGUGGUCUAAUGUUCAGACAUAAUCCCCAACCAAUGCAAUCACUUCAAACACACUUAUGAUGGUCCCCUUUUGAAAGAGACACUUUGCUCUUCCUUUCUUCUUCCCUGCUUCAAAAUAAGCCAUUACUCUCUUCAUGGAAGACAAGAGAGUGAUGAAUGAUCAAACACCAUAUCUCAUUGCUCCUUCCUUUGGACCACAUCACAAAGCUCAAAAAAGAAAAAGAAAAAAAUCAAUCAAUCUGUGUUAUUUCUAUCUACCAUUUUUUGUUUUUUGGGUGUUAAAAUAUUUCUACCUACCAUCAUGUUCUGUAUUUACAGUUUUGGUUUCUGCAGUUAAGUUGUUUCACUUGAAGUGGAAUAAUCAAUAAAUAUGGUUUCUUAUGUA